GAGAGGUAGGGGGUAGACAAUGUGGAUCCCCCUUUUCUCUGUCCCUCGAUUGUUUUCAUUCCCGAAAAUAAACUCGCAAACACAACACCCAGCGUCUGAUAAACUAGUCAUCUGAAUUUGAGAGGAUGCUACCCAGCUCCCAGCAGACAUGCUCACCGUGAGAGAGAAGAGAAGCCCCCGGUCCUCCCGACAGGGAUCACUGCCGUUGUGUUAGCUGUUAACCGAAGGAGCUGUUUGAACGGUGGGACGGAGAGGGAGCUAGAGACUCUUCUCCAGCUGCCAUCCUACUCCUACUCCUGCUCCUCCCCCUCCCCCUCCUCCUCCUACACCACCAGAACCACUUCUCUUUCUCAUCACAUCCAGAGCCUUUGGAGAUGUGAGGAAUAGAAAGAGAUUGGUGAUAUUGAGCAGCCUGUGCAUUGACACGACCUCUUGACCUCAUCUUCAGCAUGAAUGGUGAUAUGCCUCAUGUUCCCAUCACUACUCUUGCUGGAAUUGCUAGCCUGACAGACUUGUUGAACCAGCUGCCCUUGCCUUCUCCUCUCCCUGCCACCACCGCUAAGAGUCUGCUCUACAAUGGAAGGAUCUCCGAAGAGGUCAGCAACCUCCUGGUGUGCCGGGACGAGAAUCUGGUGACUCAGCUGGCCCAUAGCCUCAACCAGGUCUCCACUGAACACAUAGAGUUGAAGGACAACUUGGGGAAUGAUGAACCUGAGGGUGACAUGCCAGCACUUCUGCAAACUCUGCUGUCCAGGAACCCCAAAAUAUUUGGGGACAAAAGUGUAAUGCAACAGCCAAUGGUGCAACAGUUUAAGAUUUCUCAAAACCAGGUGCAUGGGAGUCCAGGAUCAAACUAUCAGCAAUCUCAGAGCCCAGCUGGAUGUUUUGCAUCGCCACAGUCUGGAUCAGGUGCUCGGUUCGUCCCCCAGCAGAACAGCCCUAUACCCAGUCCCUACACCCCCCAGAGUCCUGCAGACUACAUGCAGUACAAUCCACCCAGUUAUUCCCAACACCAACAGACCCAGCAAGUUCGAACCAUCCAUGACAACAAGGUCUCCGGUCAGCUGUCAGGUACUUCAUCUAAUCAUAAUGCGAGACUAGGAUCAGAUGAGGACUACAUCCACAUGGCCCACAGACUGGGGAAUGAGGUAAAUGACCCCUCCAUGAGGGCCUUUCAAGUGAAAUCCCCACAGUCUGUGUGUUCCCCUGCUGGGAGUGAAGAGGCUGCAAAAAGGUCCAGGCCUCCCCUCAUCAUGCAGUCUCCUCCCCCCGAUGGGCCCCCAGGUGCAGCAGCUGACGUGCUCCUCAGCUCCGGGGACCGCAAAAAGAAGCAGAAGGAAAGGAGUAGAGAAGAAAAUGAGCACACGGAAAAAAAUCUCUCGUACGACAUUGUCAGUUCUCCCUCUAAACAGUCCGCCAAGCUUACUAUAAAACUGUCCCGCAUGAAGUAUUCCGACUUGGAUGAACCUGAAGAACAUCCUCCGAGGUCACGGGUCGACUCAGACCGUGAAACUGAUUUGAUGUAUAAUAACAUUAAUCAGUUGUCAAGGUCUGCACAGGACUUGUCACACAAGUUAGGCGCUGAGGAGCAGGCCAACUGUCAGCAGAUUCCUGUUCGGCCAAUCACUAAGGAUUCCGGAGGCGUCAGCGGGGUCGUGUUUGAUGACGCUGAGAUGGACACACUAACGGAGAUCGAGAGAAUAGACCGUGAGUCGGCCAGCGAGAGAGAAAGGUGGUCUAAAGAAGUUCAGGAUAAAGAUAAGCCACUGAAGAAACGAAAGCAAGACUCAUAUCCUCAGGAAUCUGGAGCUGAGUCCAAUGAAGGGCCCGCUGUACAAGUGUGCAACGCUGACAGCAAGUUGACACCGAAGAAGACGAAUGCUGCAAGUAACGGAGCCGGUCGGCCUGCUUUGAUGGUCAGUAUUGAUCUGCAGCAAGCUGGCAGAAUGAUAAGACAGCCUGUCGUGGUCUUGGAAGCACAGAAGAUGUGUGACGACCACGUACUGCACAUAAAUUCAAAGAAUGAUGCAAUCGCAGAUAAAGUUGUUGAAAACGCAGAUAAAGUGGUUGAAAACAGACCUGGGAUCAUCAAACAGCAUACUGACACCCCCAGGAAGUCUGGCUCAGAGGGGCAACCUGUAACCCCCAAACAGAAGCAGGAAAGUCGACGUGAUUCCAAACACAGACAUGACGAUAAAAAAACAGUCAGUGGCAAGGGACAUGUCGACAAACAGCCAGACAAACAGCCUGACAAACAGCCAGACAAACAGUCAGACAAACAGCCAGACAAACAGCCAGACAAACAGCCAGACAAACUGCCAGACAAACUGCCAGACAAACUGCCAGACAAACAGCCAGAAAAACAGCCAGACACACCGCGGCAGAAACAUGACAAGCAUUCAGACCCACGCCACAAAGAGGAAAAGAACCACAACAGUCAGCGAUCCAACGUCGGCCAACCUGAGACUCCAAAAACCCCGAGCAAGGCCGAGCGUAACUCCAAACAUGGAGAAGACAAAGUCAGGGAAAAAGAUAGGGAUAAAGAUAACGAAAAGGAAAAGGAAAAAAAUAUAGAUAAAGAAAAAGAAAAAGAAAAAGAUAGAGAUAGGGAUAAGGUUAGAGAACGAAAAAAAGAAAGAAAUAAAGAAAGAGAAAAGGAUAAGGUACGAGAUAAAGAUAGAGAUAAGGAAAAAGACAGAGAUAAAGAAACUGACAAAGAUAUAGAAACUGACAAAGAUAAAGAAACGGACAUAAAUAAAGAGAAAGAUAAGGAAAGAGAUAAAGAGAGAGAUAAGGACGGAGUUAAAGACAAAGAGAGAGAUAAGGACGGAGUUAAAGACAAAGAGAGAGAUAAGGACGGAGUUAAAGACAAAGAGAGAGAUAAGGACAGAGUUAAAGACAAAGAGAGGGAAAGGAAGCACAAAAUGUCGAGGGAAAACUGCAACCGACCCUCUCCUGACGGGCAUACUAAACCUGAGAGCCCGAGAGUGAAGCAGGACGGUAGCAGAAAAUCUGCUGACCUCAAUGGACGACAGAGGAAAGAGAGUUCCGGCCCUCAAAACUCCCAAAAUAAGAAGGAGAGGAAAAGUGGGGAGGGAGUCGUUACUGGCCAAGCUGGAAACAAACAGCAGUCUGUGGAGGCCAAACCCAGCGAAUUCCCCGCUUACCUGCUGGGGGGCAAGUCCACUCUGAAGAACUUUGUGAUCCCUAAAUUGAAACGCGAUGUGAAAGAGAAAGACCCCCAACUCCUGAACAAACUGACAGAGAGCGAGCCCCUGGUCCGGCUGGAGAGAGUGUCGUUGGUGGAGAGUUUAAACAAGGGAGCCAAACCCCUCGUGGUGCUCAACAAACUCAGCAUCGCUGAAGUCAAAACCAUCAUCAAGGAAAGCAGGAAUUCACACAAAUCCAAGACCUCAGGGAAAGAAAUGACAAACAAGCGGAAUCACAGUUUGAUCAGUAAGAAAUCCAAGUAUGCUGAGUCGGAUGAUGAUGAAGAAGAUGACAAAGACGAAGAUGAAGAUUACUCUGAAAAUGAGUCUCCAAAGAAAAGGUCUAAGAAAAGUCACUACAAACCAUCUAAGUCUGAAAAGAGGGCGGGCUCUGGAGAGCACCGGCGAAGUAGCGGUUCCCACGCUGCCCGUCGGGGGUCCGGUGGACGCAGCCGGGAACUGAGUGAAUCAGAUGAAGGCAGCCCGACUCCAAGCCUGAGUGAUUCUGCCAGAAAAUUGAAGAAGAAGGAGAAACAGAAAAACAAGAAGGCGUAUGAUUCCAAGCUGACAACAGAGGAAAAGAUGGACUCCUCCUCAUAUAAGAGAUUCCUGGCCAAUGUGGAGAGCAUUCUUGAGAGCCUCGAGGAUGUGGACCUCGCUGCUACAGAUGAUGAUGAUGGCAUACCUGAAGAGCUGUUGCUCGGAAAGCACCAGUUGAGUGAGCUCUGCAAUGAUUCCACUAAGCUCAAAGCUAUGCGCAUCUUUCACAAGUUUCCGUCUGAUAAACUGGUGAAAUUUCUGAAUAUCCUGGAGAAGAACAUUCAGGAUAGCGUCAAACUUACCACGUUAAUGAACCAUGAUAAUGAUUCAUUGGACGAGGAGCGGUUGUGGCGUGACCUCAUCAUGGAGCGGGUGGCUAAGUCUGCUGAUGCCUGUCUGACUGCUCUCAACAUCAUGACAUCUCCACGCAUGCCCAAGGUUGUUUACAUAGAGGACGUGAUUGAGAGGGUGCUGCAGUACUCCAAGUACCAUCUGCAAAAUUCUCUGUACCCUCAGUAUGACCCCGCCUACAGAAUGGACCCCCAUGGAGGUGCUGUGCACACUCCAAAGUCCAAAAGAGGAAAGGGUUCCAGCCACAAACAGAAGGUGGUGGUCAUGCUCUACAACAAAGUGUGUGAUAUUGUCAGCAACAUGUCAGAGCUGCUGGAGAUCCAGCUGCUCACUGACACCACCAUUCUCCAGGUGUCGACUCUGGGUAUAACACCUUUCUUUGUGGAGAAUGUCAGUGAUCUGCAGUUAUGCGCCAUCACACUAGUGACAGCAGUGUUCACCCGCUACGAGAAGCACAGGCAGCUAAUUCUUGAGGAGAUAUUCACCUCCCUGGCUAGACUGCCAACGAAUAAACGCAGCCUCAGGAGCUUUAGGCUAAACAGUGAUUCAGGAGGAGGAGUGUAUAUCCAGAUGGUCACUGCACUGGUUCUUCAGCUCAUCCAGUGUGUGGUUCACUUUCCAGAGAAGGACGGAGAUGAUGAUCAUAAUAAGAAGGUGGAUAAAGAUGUCUUCAUCACAAACUCUUUUGAAACUGCCAUGCGGACAGCUCAGAACUUCCUAUCAGUUUUUCUCAAGAAGUGUGGCAGUAAGCAGGGAGAGGAGGACUACAGGCCUUUGUUUGAGAACUUUGUUCAUGACCUGCUGUCUGCAGUCAACAGGCCUGAGUGGCCUGUAGCUGAACUGCUGCUCAGCUUACUGGGCCGGCUGCUGGUGCACCAGUUCAGCAACAAGCAGACAGAAAUGGCGCUCAGGGUGGCGUCGCUCGACUACCUCGGCACCGUGGCAUCUCGUCUGCGUAAAGAUGCUGUCAAUAGCAACAUGGACCAAAAGGCUAUUGACCGCAUCCUCAAAGAGACUCAAGGCAGUGAUGAGAUCCAGCAACUCCAGAAGGCCUUGCUGUACUACCUUAAUGAAAACAUUGAGACAGAACCCUCUCUAGUGUUUGCUAGGAAGUUUUAUAUUGCCCAGUGGUUCAGGGACGCUACGACUGAGGCCGAGAAAGCGAUAAAGUCUCAAAAUGACGAUGAGGAAGUGAAAGGCCUUCAUCAUUCCAUGGAAGUUGACUCAAUUGAGGAGAUAAUGCAGAAAUCCGAGUCACGAAAGAAAUUCCUCCGCAAAGUCAUCAGGACAUCACCGUCAGAUUUCAACUCUCUGAGGGUAAACUCUGACACGGUAGAGUAUGAGGACUCAUGUCUGAUUGUCAGAUAUCUGGCCUCCAUGAGGCCGUUUGCACAGAGCUUUGAUAUUUAUUUAUCACAGAUUCUGAGGGUGCUUGGUGAGAGUGCCAUCGCAGUCAGAACUAAAGCCAUGAAGUGUUUGUCUGAAGUAGUAGCUGUGGAUCCAAGUAUUCUGGCACGGUUGGACAUGCAGCGUGGGGUUCAUUGUCGCCUCAUGGAUAACUCUACCAGUGUGCGAGAAGCGGCCGUGGAGCUGCUUGGCCGUUUUGUGCUUAGUCGACCGGAGCUCAUUGAGCAGUACUACGACAUGCUCAUUGAAAGGAUAUUGACUCAGAACGACUUCAUGGUGAUCUGUAACGUGGCAAAGAUCCUGGAGCUGGCCGUGCCUCUGAUGGAGGAACCAAGUGAGACUUUCCUCACCACCAUAGAAGAAGACUUGAUGAAGCUCAUUAUCAAAUAUGGCAUGACGGUCGUACAACACUGUGUCAGCUGUCUUGGUGCUGUUGUGAACAAGGUCACACACAACUACAAGUUCGUCUGGGCGUGUUUCAAUCGCUACUAUGGAGCUCUUGCAAAACUGAAGACCCAGCACCAAGAGGACCCCACCAGCGUCACCCUGGCUACCAACAAACCUACUCUCCUGCGCUCACUCUUCACUGUGGGGGCUCUCUGCCGACACUUUGAUUAUGAUCAAGAGGAGUUCAAGGGCACUAGCAAGAUCGUCAUCAAGGAGAAAGUGUUGGAGCUUCUGUUGUACUUCACCACUCAUGAAGAUGAAGAGGUCCAGAUCAAGGCCAUCAUAGGUCUCGGCUUCCAGUUCAUCAUGCAUCCAGAGCUCAUGUUUGUUCAGGAUGUGAAGGUCCUGUAUAACAACACCCUGUCAGAGGAUAACCCUUCGGUCAGUCGGAGGAUCCAGGUGCUGAAAAACCUGCAGAUAUACCUGCAAGAGGAGGACUCUCGAAUGCAGGUGGCCGAUCGUGAAUGGAAGAAUCAGGAAAAGCAGGAGGAUCUGAAGGAAAUGGGAGACAUCUCAUCAGGUAUGAGCAGCUCCAUAAUGCAGAUCUACCUGAAGCAGGUGCUGGAGUCCUUCUUCCACUCUCAGUCCACUGUUCGCCACUUCGCCCUGAGCGUCAUCCUUCUGACUCUCAGCCAGGGCCUCAUCCAUCCUGUGCAGUGUGUGCCAUACUUGAUUGCCAUGGGAACCGACCCGGAGCCAACUAUGAAGAACAAGGCCGAUCAACAGCUGGUGGACAUUGACAAGAAAUAUAUAGGCUUCAUCCACAUGAAGGCCGUAGCAGGGUUGAAGAUGUCUUAUCAGGUGCAACAGGCCAUAAACGGAGCCAAAGGCCCACUGCUUCGAGGUUUUCGUCCGGAUGACACAGACACUGCCCUCUGCGCUCAUCUCUACUCUAUGGUGCGAGGGAACCGACAGCACAGACGGGCUUUCCUCAUUUCUCUGCUCAACCUGUUUGAUGACAGCUCAAAAACAGAGGUGAACAUGCUGUUGUUCGUAGCAGACAACUUAGCCUGCUUCCCCUACCAGACCCAGGAGGAGCCUCUGUUCAUCAUGCACCAUGUAGACAUCACGCUGUCAGUCUCUGGCAGCAACCUGCUCCAGUCCUUCAAGGAGUCUUUACGGAAAGAGCCUGUCAAUCAGGAAGAGGAGAUCAAGGCAAAAAAGAAGAAGAAGAAGAAGAAAAAGAAGAAGAAGAAGCAUCAUAAGAGACAGCUGGGCUCGGAUGAGGACGAUGAAGAGGAGGACGAGGAGCAGAGCAGUAGUUCCUCCAGCAGCAGCAGUGAGGAGGAAGAGGAGGUGGUGCACAGGACGAAGAAACCUGUGGAUCAUGAUUCUGACUUUGAAGAUGAGGACGCAGUGAUGUCCCGCCUGCCCGAAAACUCCAACCCUCUUCUGGAGUUUUCCAGCUCCUCCCAGGGCAUCCUGCUGCUGCUGAUGCUCAAACAACACCUGAAGAAUCUGUUCGGUUUAACAGACAGCAAAAUCCAGAAGUAUUCCCCGACAGAGUCUGCCAAAGUGUACGACAAGGCAGUGAACAGGAAGUCUAAGGUGCACUUUAACCCCGGUCAGACACUGCUCUACCUGAAGAGUGAUCUGGCCAACACGGAGCUCAGCCACGAGACCAAGAGGAAUAUUGUUAAACAGUAUUUGGAUUUCAAGGUACUGAUGGAGCACUUGGAUCGUGACGAAGAGGACCAAGAGGGUGAAGCGAAUGCAAACGCCAGAAACAAAGCCAUUACUUCACUGCUGAAGGGCCCAAAACCAGUGAACCACAACCACAAUAACCACACUGCUCCAGUGGAGUCCGAGGAGGAGGAGAGUGAAGCUGAAGAGCCCCCUGCGCGCAAACCGAAGAAAGCCGUAGAGACCCCAGAAGACACAGGCAACCUGCAGGAGAGAGUAAAGGCCAUGGACAUCAUUGCCCUCUGCUGUCCCAAAUUCAAAGACAGACCACAGAUCGCCAGGGUCAUCCAGAGGAUCAAAACUGGCUACAGCAUACACUGGAUGACUGGUUCUUACUCUGGGUCCUGGGCGGAGGUAAAGAAACGGGAAGGUCGCAAAAAGGUGCCUUGGGUUGACACCAUCAAAGAAUCAGACAUCAUUUACAAGAAAAUAUCCUUCGCAAGUGGACAAAAGCUGUCGAACAAAGUGGCACAGACGUUACGGGAUCUAUACGCUGCCAAGGACGGGGACUAAGAGUCACAUGGAACCUCCUCCCACACCCCAAACCUGUGCGGACCCAGUACGUUACUAAGAGGAAAUCAAACCUCUUUAGAUGUAAGGACCAGAAGGAGGAAAAGUAUUGUGAACUAUGAUCUGUUUAAAUACAGACAUGUUUAAGUUAAACACAAGAAAAACAUAAGAAGGAAAUGUUUGGGAAAACAUUGUGUGGGAGUUCCUUCGCUGUUGUGCAGCAACUUCGUUGUUUGAUUUUUACUCCCACUGUAUAAUAGUUUAACUAAACACAUGUUUAUAUCUGAACAUAAUUCUGUAAAAAAGUAAACUGAAUGUUGGAAAUUAGUGUUAUGAUGAUGUUCUUAAUAAAUUGUUUUUGGAGUUUAAACUAGCACCAGAUGAAUUUAUUCACCUGACCUGAGCUCCAAGAACUUUUAGCUUUCUUUUCUGUUCUUGUUUCGAACACUUUGUUGUUUACCUACACUGUGUAAUGGAGUAUCUUUGAUAUGUUUUAUUUAUGUUAAGAGCAGUGCAGUAUCUGUGCCUAUAUGCAGGGGAAGUUAUAUUGUUUUUAAUAUAGAUUUUGAUGUUAUAGAACACAGCAAGAAAAAAGUUAUCCCCCGCUCUUCUGGUGAAACAAAUACUGCAAUAAAUUUUUCUUACGUCUUU